GCCCGCUUUCAAUUUUGGCAUGAAAUAUUUUUUGAACCCGCCUUUCCUAUUUCCUUAUUGGAGGAGCCCGCUCUAAAAGAAAAAAAAAAGUCGUCAAUCCCUAAAUCACACUCACCAUCACCAAGGUCAAAAAUCACUCUCUCUUUCUCUACGAUCUGUACCUCUACGUCUAUUGCACCUAAACCCCCAACCUUAGGGUUUUAAUAUCUCAUAUUCUUUUGUUCCUUUUUCUGUUCGAUUUGUGUUCUCUCGCAUGGCCAGUGAAACCCUAGAGGAGAAGAAAUCAGACGAGGAUGCUCCUGUCGAGGACAAAGAGGAGCCCAAACCUCAAGAAGAAAAGGAUCAACCGGUGGAUGCUGAGAAGAAAGAGGAAGAAGGGAAUUCGAAGGAGGUUUCUCAGGGAAAUGAAGAGCCUGGAGAGCAACUAGUUGAAGAGAAAGAAAAAGAGGAAGAGAAGGAGAAGGAAAAGGAUGCAGGGGACCACAAAGAAGAAGGAGAAAGCAGGAAAGGUAAGCGAGGUGGACGAAGGGGCUCUGGGAAGAAAGAGCAGAACGAGUCCAGGAAGAAUAAACGGACUAAAGAAACAACAGAGAAGCGAGAGGCUGUGACUCCAAGUAGUGAUAGGCCUACCAGGGAGAGGAAGACUGUGGAAAGGUACUCUGCACCAGAGCCUGGGAGAUCAGCGAGCAAGCCCUUGUCAAUUGAGAAGGGACGUGGUACACAGCUCAAGGAUAUUCCAAAUGUGGCUUUCAAGUUGUCCAAGAGAAAACCUGAUGACAAUCUGCAGAUGCUUCACACAAUACUUUUUGGAAAGAAAGCAAAGGCACACAAUUUGAAGAAAAACAUAGGCCAGUUUUCGGGAUAUGUUUGGGCUGAGAAUGAGGAAAAACAAAAAGCAAAAGUAAGGGAGAAGCUUGACAAGUGUGUUAAAGAAAAGUUGGUGGAUUUUUGUGAUGUGCUCAAUGUUCCAAUAAAUAAGGCUGUUGUGAAAAAGGAAGAACUCACUGUAAAAUUAUUGGAGUUCUUGGAAUCACCACAUGCUACUACUGAUGUUUUGCUUGCUGAUAAGGAACAGAAGGGCAAGAAACGUAAGGUCUUAACAGGAAAAAAUGCAAGCCCUGGAGAAGCAUCAGCUACACCAGCCAAAAAACAAAGGCGAACAUCCCAAGCUGGAGAAAAACGGAAGCGGUCAUCAAAAGGUGAUGAAGAUGAGGAUGAAGAUGAUAAGGUCGAAUCACCAGAUGCUAAGGAUGUUAAAAAUGACUCUCAAGAUGAUGAUGGUGAAGAGCAUGAGACAGUGCCAAAAGAAGAGAGCUAUCAUGAAGACAGCAAAUCAGAGGAAGAGGAGGAUGAACCCAAGGUGCAGACACCAACUCUGAAGGCAUCCAAAAAAAAUGUGAAGGAAAGUUCAGGGGCUAAAAGCAAGGACAAAGUCACACCUGGCAAGAAAAGUGCGCAGGCAAAACCUGUGAAAAGUCCUGCAAAAUCUGCCAAAAAAUCUUCUGGUCUGUCAUCAAAGCAAGUUGCUACAGACACUGAUGGAACUUCUGGUUCGCAUUCUAAAUCAAAGGGAUCUACAUCUAAGAAACAGAAACUUGAAAAAGAAAGUCUUACAGACCAAAGUGCACCUAGUAAGGACAAGGGCUCAAGCAAGAAAAAAUCAGGCAAGUUGCCAUCAAAGGCUUCUGCAAAGGAUCAAGGUAAAGCCAAAUCUGGCAGGAAGGCUAAUGUGGAACCCAGUAGAGAGAAUAUGUAUGCAGUUGUAGUGGAUAUUCUGAAGGAAGUAGAUUUCAAUACUGCGACUUUAUCUGAUAUCCUCAGACAACUUGGUACCCACUUUGGUGUAGACCUUAUGCAUAGAAAAGCAGAAGUAAAGGAUAUUAUUACGGAGGUGAUAAACAAUAUGUCUGAUGAGGAAGAAGGGGAGGAAGCUGAGGACAAUGCUGAGGCUGGUGGUGAUGCAGACAAGGAUGGAGAUGGGGAUGAUGAUGCAUAGUUUGAUUCAAUUUGGUGAUUAACUUGAGCAUUCUGUAACAGGAAGUAUGGUCAUGCAUUCUCCAGAGAUCAUCUCCCUUUUUUUGGGGGGGUGUUUCAACAGCAGUCACUGAUGAUAAGCCCAAUGCCGCAAUAUGGAUCACAUGACUGUUUCCUGAUUAAAAUACAUCGCAGGGUUUGUACCAUAUGCAUUAGGAACUCUUUUCUUUGUACAAGUAGUGUUGAGCUGACCUUAAUUUUUAGUAGUUUCUGUCCCAGCCGCCGUCCUCUCCAAAAUCCCUUCAUCUUCUCAUUAAAUUUGUCUUAGAUAUAUUUGUUGACUGUUCCUUUACAAAUGUGCAGUGAAUGAGUAUCGUUAUUUAAUUGAAUGGAAACCUUAUAAUGUUGAUUGGCUCAAA